GAUCACAAAGCGGCGAAACUUGAAACGUUCGCUCAAGCCCGCCCAUAAACAGCGGGUUUGCAGUCUUUGCAGCAGUGCCAAUUUCUACAGAUGUUAGGUGUAUCGGACUCGUGCUCGGUACUUGCCAAGUUGCUCUGGUGAACUGAUAGUAAUUUUGCGGAGCGUUUUUGUAUGUGUGGUUAUUUCGUUAGGAUAGCCGCAACGUUGCAAUGAACGACGCCAGCGCGGGCGUUUUGUCUCAGGCAAUGAACGUCGCCAAGCUAGAAGGCAGAGAAACCGACGAAAAUGAUGCAGAGUCUGACUGCGACGUUGAUAAACUCUCAGGGAGCGAGUCCCCGCCCGUGUGCGGCCAGGUGGCACCCCGGUUCGAGCUCCGGGACGUGCUGGAGCCGGCGUCCGGGGCCGGCGACGAGUGCUACCAGGCGGCCGCCGAGACCAUCAUCUCGCACUGCCGCGAGAAGGCUAUGGGCAACGAGAUCUCGGCCCCCUACGAGGUGCCCCACUUCCCCAUCGAGCUGCACGAGUCGCGCAAGGUCAUGCAGCAGCAGUUCUCUACCAGAGCACAGAAGGAGUUGGAGGAACGCAAAAGCUUCUUUGAUGGAGACAUCAAGGAAAUGGAAGAGAACUUGGCCCAACUCAAUGACGUCGACUUUGUGCCUCACUUCCAGAGAGUUGCCAUAAGUGGGGAAGGCACAUCAGGGGUUCCCCUGGAGGACUUACACCAGGCAUCAAAACUCCUUCUCUCGGCCCUAAGGCUAAGGGAAAAAUACAUGGAAAUGUCCCAGCAGUCCUUCCCCAGAGUAACAAAAAGGUUUCUGGCACCGUUCAAGGGAAAAGGGCAUGCGGAUCCUGAAUCCCCUGAGGAAAUGCUGGAUUCUGCUGAUCAUCCAUUCUACUCUGUACCUAUUGUGACUGAACCCUGGAAUUGUGAAAUUCUAAGCAAUCUAAAUUACCACCUUAAGAUGCACAAUGGGGUUGUACACGUCUACAAAAAUCAAGAGGAUGUAGAUGCAGAGAAGCCCCUGGACUUCCCUUACAUAAACCUCACUCAGUUUGUGAAUGACCUCAACCUCAUGUGCGCUAUGAUUGCCGAUGGACCACUGAAGUCGUUCUGCUAUCGACGGCUGAGCUACUUGUCGUCGAAGUUCCAGCUGCAUGUGCUACUGAAUGAACUCAGGGAACUGGCAGCCCAGAAAGCUGUUCCUCACAGGGACUUCUACAACAUCAGAAAGGUUGAUACACACGUCCACGCUGCAUCAUGUAUGAACCAGAAGCACCUGCUCAGAUUCAUCAAGAAAAUGAUGAAACUGCAUGCCGAUGAUCAUGUCUGCAAAGUUGGUGACAGGUUUUUGACUCUGCAAGAGUAUGGCUGUUUCAGCCGGGGAUUUGAUCAGGAAUUUGAUGGAAAGGUUUUUAGCGCCUUGAAUGUAACAGCGUACGAUUUGAGUGUUGACAUGUUGGACGUCCAUGCUGACCGGAACACGUUCCACAGAUUUGACAAGUUCAAUACCAAGUAUAAUCCAGUAGGAGAAAGCAGACUGAGGGAAAUUUUCCUCAAGACUGACAACUACAUUAAUGGAGAGUACUUCGCAGAGAUACUGAAGGAAGUGAUGAGCGACUUGGAAGAGUGCAAGUACCAGAAUGCGGAGCUGCGGCUUUCCAUCUAUGGCCGGUCGCGGGACGAGUGGGAUCGCCUGGCCACGUGGGCCGUCCGCAACACCAUGUACUCCGACAACGUGCGUUGGCUGGUGCAAGUGCCCAGGCUCUAUGACGUCUUCAAGUCCAACAAGAUUGUCAAAAAUUUCGAAGAGAUCUUGGAGAACAUCUUUAUGCCGCUCUUUGAGGUCACCAACGAUCCCAGCUCGCAUCCAGAGCUUCACCAAUUCCUCCAAUACGUUGUCGGCUUUGACUCUGUGGACGACGAGUCGAAGCCCGAGUACCCUAUGAUCGACAAGGACGUUCCCUUGCCCAAGGAGUACACUGACAGUGAGAACCCGGCUUACAACUACUACCUCUACUACAUGUAUGCCAACAUGUGUGUACUCAACCACUUCCGCAAGAAGCGUGGCCUGAACAUCUUUGUGCUUAGGCCCCACUGCGGAGAGGCGGGUCCCGUCCAGCACCUUGUUGGAGGCUACCUCCUCUCGGAAAACAUCAACCAUGGGCUCCUGCUCAGAAAGGUGCCAGUCCUGCAGUACUUGUACUACCUGGCCCAGAUUGGGAUUGCCAUGUCCCCACUGAGCAACAACUCACUGUUCCUGAACUACCACCGGAACCCCCUGCCAGAGUACCUCAGCAGGGGACUCUGUGUGUCACUCUCAACCGACGACCCCCUCCAGUUUCACUUCACCAAGGAACCGCUGAUGGAGGAGUACAGUAUCGCUGCGCAGGUGUGGAAGCUGAGCAGCUGUGACAUGUGCGAGUUGGCACGCAACAGCAUUGUCAUGAGUGGAUUUCCCCACAAGGUGAAGCAGUACUGGCUGGGCCCCAACUACCAGCGGGAGGGCACCUCCGGCAAUGACAUCACGCGCACCAACGUGCCGGACAUCCGCGUGGCCUACCGCUACGAGACGCUGGUGGACGAGCUGUCCACCAUCUUUCGCACUGUGGAGCCAUCGCCCUAGGCCCUUUCGGUCCCCCUGCUUGUUGUACGUAGUCCACAACCAAGUCGCACUCGCGCGCAAAGGGAGCAGGAAGCAAUCAUGUGCCAAGAAUUCCAGACAUCUUUUCCCGGAGAGCAUCUAUACCAUCCCUUUAGCGUGCGCUCGUAAGCGGGAGGACUGGGCCUCCCCCCUUGGGGCACGAGCCGGGUGCGCUGUGUAAGUUUUGUAGCUGUGAAGAGAGAGUGAACAGUGGUGGCAGCAGCCUUACGAAAGUUGUUGUAUUUUUCUCUCUUGCACGUGACUCUGCAGGUUAAGUUAUUGUCUGAAUAAAAAAAGCUUUCUUUAUGCUU